CGGCGGCGGGACCAGAAGCCGGCACCGCGGCCCUGACGCGCCGGAGCCACCUGGCCCCACCUGGCCCCACCGGGUCCGCCAGGCCCGCCCCACGACGCCCCGGGGCCACAUGGAUGCACAGGGACCCGAAGACCUUGGGCGCGCGCUGCAGGGCGCGGCAGAAAAUCUACUCCAGGGACUUGAGGAACAUUUUCAAGCUCUGACUGCAACAUUAAAUCUCAGAAUGGAGGAGAUGGGGAGGCGCCUCCAGGACCUGCAGAGGAACGUGGACGAACUGAUGGUGCAAGCCGGGGUCACAGAAGCCGCCGAGGAGCAGAUGACAGGAGGAGGCUCUCCAGAACCCCGGGGCCCCGGCGAUGGGAGGCGGACUCGAGGCGCCCUGCUCACUGGUCCUCACCGGGAGUCCUCGUUGACCCCGCCCGACUGAAACGAAGGUCGCCCGUCGUCACGUUUUUCUGCACCCUGGAGUUUCCCCACGCAAAGGGUGUUUCCGUCGUCACCACAGGGGACGAAGGCACCUCCAUCGAAAGCUUGGGAAACUCCGGUUUAUCUGACUGGGCGUUAACUGGUGCGUAAGCAGACCUUUGCCUCUUUCCAACUUCUCCCUCACCCCCGCAGACAGCGGACCAGUCACUUGAAAAUGUGAUUAAAUGAAAACUGCUCUUUUAAAAUAUGUUUUAUUGAUUAUGCU